CUGCCCCCCUCGCCGCCCGCCGCCGUCGCCGCCUCCUAUGCCCUUCCGCCCCUCCCUACCUUGCCGCUGUCCCUUUGACCGCAAGCUCACGUCCUUCCUGUCGGCGGUCGCCUCCCUCGCCGACUCCCGCUCCCGCUCGCCCUUCCCCCCUGCCGGCGCUGUGCCUGCAACUCUCACUCCCACUGCCUACAACGCCCUUAUGUCCGCCUACUCCCGCGCCGGCCGCCACGACGAGGUUCUUCGUCUCUUCUUCUCCCUUCCUUUCGCGCCUACUGCGCCACUCUUCACCACCCUGAUUUCCUCUCUCGCCGCCUCCGGCAGCAAAAGCGCCGCAUUGGACGCCUUCUCCCUCCUUGCUUCCGGCAUCGGACCCACCACCUCCGCCUUCACCGCGCUGCUUAAGUCCAUCGACGCUGCCUCUUCCGAGUCGGUGUAUCGUGCCUUCUUCGCAACCAUGGCCGCUAUGGAGUGCGCCCCUGACGCUGCCACGUACAACUGCCUCAUUUGGAUACUCUGCGAUUCCCAGCGGCUGGACGAGGCAUGGGGCGUCCUUGACAGCAUGCUAGAGGUAGGCGUGUGCCCCACCGUCCGCUCCUACACCGCGAUCCUGCACGGGUACUGUAAGCAGGGCAGGGUCCUCGAGGCGGAGAGGUUACUUGAUACCAUGAUUCAAGUCGGAUGCGCACCGGAUGUCAUCUCAUACAGCGUGCUCAUCCAGGGGCUUUGUCGUGUAGGGGAAUUUGGCAAGGUGGAAAGAAUUUUAGGGGAGAGUGAGGCGAAGGGGUGGACGCCGAAUGCUGUCACCUACAAUAUUUACAUGUCUGCCCUGUGCAGAAUGGGUUUCUUGGAUGAGGCAUUCCGGCAAGUAGAUGUUAUGCAUAGCAGAGGAGUGUACAUGACCAUUGAGACAGUGAAUAUUCUAUUCGAUUGCUUGUGCCGUGGCUCGAUGUUUUCAGAAGCAUUGACAUUGCUGGAAUGCAGUGAAGAACUCAACUGGGAUGUUGAUGUGUUCUGCUAUAACACUAUGAUGAGUAGGCUCUGCGACACUGGUGAUAUUGCUAGAGUCCUGAAGCUGUUAGUUGAUCUUGUAAAGAAGGGAAUUGGGCCAGAUAUGUUUAGUUUUACUAUUGCAAUCCGGAGCCUCUGUAGGGCUGGAAAAUUCAAGGUGGCAAAAUGCCUACUGGAUAAUAAGGGAAUUGAAUAUGACGUCGUGGCAUUCAAUACUUUGAUUCAUGGUUUGUGCAUGGCUGGAGAGCUACAUGAAAUGUUGCAAACCUAUAUGGAUAUGACCAGUAGAAAUGUUUUUCCAAACAACUUUACCAUUGGUAUGGUAAUUGACAGUUUCUGCAAAAAUCGAGAAUUUGGUGCAGCAAUCAAAGUUUUUCUUGAAUAUUCAGAAGGAUGUUUAGUUCCUGAUCAUUUUUUUCGCCUGAAUACUUGGUUGGUAAAAGCAAAAGGAUGGGAAUAUUUACUGACCCUGCUCCGCACAAUGCGUUCUAAAGGUCUUGUGCUAGAUGUUUGCUUAUUUAAUUCAUUGGUUAGGAUGUUUUGCUGUGAGGGGUACUGUAAUCGUGAAACUUUUUGUGAAGUUUCUCUUAUACUUGACAGUAUGCUGGAAUGUCUCUCCAGCACACAGCACAAGUCAGCCAGUGGUGUAACUGUAUAAUCAUGCAAAAAUCCAGUUUGUUGUCAACUUCCCUAAGCUCUUCAACUAGCUGUUCAGUAAUACAUUGAACUACUUAAUGGUCUUCACCAGCUUAGGAGGAGCUAAGCUAUGGCUUUAUGUGGCACAACUAUUCAAGCAGUCCAAACAAGAUUAUCGUGAUGAGCCUAAAGCAUGACAUUGCGAUACAGGAUUCUAGUCAUUGGUUUUGCAACUAGUUGCUGUGUAGGUUCUUGACAACAAUUCAAUUGUUACAACUUCAGAAGUCAACUAGGUUAGUAGGACUAAGCUAUGGCUUUAUGUGGCACAUAUUUUCAAGCAGUCCAAACAAGGUUAUCGUGGAGCCUAAAGGUGUGAUGGACUUGUAUGGCCAAGAGGGUUUAAGGAAUUUUCACUGUUUGGGUUAUCAAUGCCUUUCUUAACUCGCCAGAAGCAUUGGCGUACUAUCCUAUGCAAUCCACACAAGCGUACAUCUGUUUGGUUUAGCUUUUUUUUCUGGACAGCUUUUUUGAGAAUCUAGCUGUGGAGAGAAUCUGACUUUAGGGAGAAUCUGAGUAUUGUGUGGAUUGCGUGCGAAGGAAGACGAAGUGGUCCAAAGGGUUUAGGAUCUAGAAAGCAACAGAUUCCUACUAUCGUGACAAUUCGACGAUUUUGUGUUCAUGUUGAUUUUAGACGAUUUUUACAAAAGCGAUUCUUAUAGAAGCUUGCUGAAAAGCUGGGGCGUUUGGCGAUCUGCAGUAGCUUUUGGUGGCCAGAAGCUGGAAAAAGCCCAAACAAACAGGGCCUCCCCCAGUUAAAUGAGCAACUACACUUGACUAUGUGCUGAGACUGCCUGAGAAUUAGCAGAACUCGUCUGCGGGAAUUCCCCGGUGUGGCACCUGCCAUUCGCCUGGACCAGGAAUCAAACGUGAGUGGGCAAGCCUGGCCGCUAAAUCAACUUCUGGCAUCAGAUGAAAACAAGUUGGUGAUAUUCCUUACGUUGCUUGCUAACUUUUUUCUAUAAUCCUUCACUUCAAUAAGUUGUUUAUGCUGCUCUUGUUGUUUUAGUCAGUCUGUUAAAUUUAGGAACAACUUCAUGAUCACAUGAUUUUUCAUCACCAAUUAUACCAUUGUUUUGUUGUUCUUAUACUUCAGAAUUUAAGGCUUAAAAUUCUUACUAUCCA